GGAGGUGUGGUUUACAGAGAGAUAAAUAAAUGCAGUCUGACUGCUGCUUACUGGUACAGUGACAUUUUCCCCUUAUCUUGACUGGUUGUCGUUUCUUUCUGCAAUGGGUGACUCGUUUGUCAUAGCAAUCGACUUUGGCACUGCAUUUAGUGGGUAUGCCUUUAAUAUCACAAAAGGACAGGAAAAAAGUGAUCCACAUCUGCAAAGGUGGGGAAGAGAGUAUGGAUUUGACACCCCAAAGACUCCAACCUGCAUUUUGUUUAAUGAAGAUGAAAAAUGUCUCAGUUUUGGCUAUGAAGCCAAAAUGGCUUACAAAGAAAUGAGCGGAGAAGAAGCAAAGAAGCAUUAUUUCUUUGAAGACUUCAAGAUGGCCCUCUACAGCAAAAAACUCAGCAAUAAUCUGAAUAUUAAAGCCACCAAUGGAAAGUCUAUGAAGGCAUUGAAAGUUUUCUCAGAAUCCCUGAGAUUUCUUAAAGAUGAUGCACUCAGGACAAUCAGCAGAAACACAGGUGGGGAUAAUUUGUUCAUUGCCUCUGACUUCACCUGGGUCCUGACGGUUCCUGCCAUCUGGGAUCCUUCAGCUAAACAGUUCAUGAGAGAAGCUGCAACGCAGGCAGGUAUUGUAACAGAAGGAGAUGAGGAAAAACUGGUGAUGGCACUGGAACCAGAAGCUGCUUCAAUCUGGUGUAAGAAGCUUCCAUCAGAUGGUUUCAUCUCUGAGAAGCACAAUGAAAAGUCACUGGAUCAGUCUGCAGGGACUCAGUACAUCGUUAUUGACUGUGGAGGAGGAACUAUUGACAUCACUGUUCAUGAAGUCCUGCAUGGAGGAUUCCUGAAGGAGCUGCACAAAGUCUCUGGAAAUGAUCUGGGAGGACAAACUGUAGACAGAAAGUUUAAGCAGUUUCUCAGAGAAAUAUUUCCUGAAGGAGUCUGGGAUCAAUUUGAACAAAACUCUCCCAGUGCAGCUCAGAAAGUUAUGUAUGAGUUUACCUACCUCAAACAGGUAGAUAAAGAUGUUCAGAUUAGCUGCCCAUUUGCACUGGGAUCAUUAGCUAAAGAAAAAUCAGACACAGAAAACUUUGUUCAGUCAGAACUUGGUGUUUCCUGGGAUGGUGAUUUCAUCAAAAUCUCAAGAGACAAAAUGAGAUCUUUCUAUGAUCAAAGUCUGCAGGGCAUCACUAAGAAUCUCAUGGAAAUCUUCAACUGUGUUCUCAACAUUAAGUACAUCCUGUUAGUGGGUGGGUACGCUCAGAGUAAAAUACUGCAGCAGCACAUUACUGACCAGUUUGGACAACAGUGUAAAGUCCUGUGUCCUUUCAGAGCUCAGGAGGCGAUUCUGAGGGGAGCUGUAGAGUUUGGUAGAAACCCAAACAUUGUAGCUUCUCGGAAAAGUUCCUAUACUUAUGGAUUUGCUGUUUGUGAAAAGUUUGAUGAGAGCAAACAUAAGGAAGGAAAGAAAUUUACAGCCAAAGGUGUGGAAUUGAGUCGAGAUAUUUUCAGGAAACUGGUGGAAGAAGGUGAAGAUCUUGGCUGGGAGGAAACCAGAGAGUUCCUUUGUUCUCCAGCAAGAGAGGACCAGAAAGAGAUGAAACUGAAAUUCUUCCGCUCAUUAAGAAAAGAUCCAGUGUAUGUAGAUGACUGGGGAGUGGAAAAGCUUGGCUCAUUUAUUGUAGACAUGACUGGAGGUGGUAAAGUCAAACUGGAAAUUGACUUUGGCUCCACAGAGAUAACAGCUACUGGGACAAACCAGAUUAGUGGGGACAAACAAACAGUAAAAAUUGACUUUAUGACCAAAGACAGAGAAUGUGUCAUUGAUGAUGAGGAAGAAGAUGCUGUCAGUGUUGGAUCAAAUACACCAAAACAUUUAGAGGGCACUGAUUAAAACAUGCUAAGCCAUAAUGGUUGCCUUGAUAUUUUCUUUCUUCACACAGUCAUUCAGUAUGUGAAUGACUUCAAGACAUGGUAGUGAAAUUUGGGAUUUGAAAGAAAUGUGCUGUCACUGUGUACAUGAAUGAUCUCUUCACUUAUUAAUAUUAAACAUAAAAAUUGGCAGCUGUUCCUCCCCUUUGUUUUAGCACUCAGUGGCAAAACACUAAACAAUCAAGAUGAAAUCUUGUGAAAAACAUGUUUUGCAGUCUCCUGGGCUAAAUUUUCACCGAAAAAUUUACAAGACCUCAAAUGAUAGUCAAUACAUGAAUGAUGGAGAUAAGUUAUUGUCUUUUUGAGAAACGCUUUUUUCUGACAAACCUUGCUCAUAUUUUACUCAUAUCGUAAAUCCUACCCUAAAUCAGUAGAAGUUAGAAUGUCUUGGUAAUAGUAUCGUUUUAGUUUAUAUAAUCAAUGUGGUGGAGGUUUCUUUAAGUGUAUAGUAACAAUGGUGUAAUUCAGGGGUCACCAACCUUUUUGAGACUGGGAGCUACUUCACGGGUACAGAGCAACACGAAGGGCUACUUGUUUGAUACAGUCUAUGUCAGGACUACUCACAAUAGUUAU